CCUAUGAGUUCUCCUGGCAAAAGGGAAUAUCUUUGGAGAUGGUUUCAGGGGCCAAGACUGAUGAGAGACUGUUUCCCCAGCCUUAGCACCUUUCCCUCUGGCUUUAAAAGACUCUCUACUAUUGUCUGAGAGGACUCUUCAAAAGCAGGGUGCAGGAUCAAAUGAACUUCCUUUCCAGAUCCAGGAAUUCUUCUUUGUAUGAGAAUAAUCUACUUCUUUCACUCAUCAUGCCAUCCUUCAAUCAGAGCAUCUUCCACCCUGCAGUUUUCUUUCUUACUGGCAUUCCUGGUUUUGAAACUUACCAUGCUUGGAUCUCCAUCCCAUUCUGUUGUCUCUAUGCAAUUGCCAUCUCUGGGAAUAGCAUGAUAUUAUUUGUCAUCAUCACUGAGGAAAACCUUCAUGAACCCAUGUACUAUUUCCUCUCCAUGCUAUCCUUCACGGACCUGGGACUGUGCCUUUCCACACUGGUCACCGUGCUGGGUAUUUUCUGGUUUAAUGCUCAAGAAAUCAGCUUUAAUGCCUGCAUUGGCCAAAUGUUCUUUAUCCAUGGUUUUACAUUCAUGGAGUCCUCAGUACUCCUGGCAAUGGCCUUUGACCGCUUCACUGCCAUCUCUAACCCACUGAGAUAUGCCACAAUCUUAACCAAUUCAAGGAUCAUCAAAAUGGGCUUUGUAAUAGUUAUUAGGGGAACGACAGCUCUAGUGCCUUUACUUCUGCUCCUUAAACGGCUGUCCUUCUGCCGUAGUCAUGUCCUGCACCAUUCAUAUUGUUUCCACCCAGAUGUGAUGAAGCUUUCAUGCACAGACACCAAGAUCAACAGUGCAUUUGGCCUGGCUAUCGUCAUCUCUACUGCUGGCUUGGACUCUGUCCUGAUCCUUCUCUCUUACAUUCUAAUUAUCCACUCUGUGCUCAGCAUUGCCUCCCCAGAGGAGCGGAAAAAGGCUUUUGGAACCUGCAUCUCACACAUAAGUGCUGUUGCCAUUUUCUACAUUCCCAUGAUCAGCUUGUCACUGGUGCAUAGAUUUGGGAAGCAUGCCCCUCCCAUUGUGCAUACUCUCAUUGCCAAUGUUUAUCUGCUUAUCCCUCCUGUAAUGAAUCCCAUAAUCUACAGUGUAAAGACCAAGCAAAUUCGCAAGGUUGUGCUCAGAAUAUUUCUCUCUAAACUAAUUUAGGAAAUUUUUAGGAUACUAUAUCUUUACAAAGUCUCCUCUAACUCAUAUUUUAUUAUCCACCAGUGUAAGUUACAACUAUACCUUGAAAAAGCAUGUUUAUGCAUACUUUCACUCUAUUCUGAUGAACUAGUAACCUACUACUUACACAGUAAAUCCACUGAGAGCAAGGACUGGGUCUUGUGGACUUCUGGUGCUUCCACAGAUACUUCACUGGGCACAGAAUAGGCUCAUGGCUAAAAUACAUUUACAAACCUGGGUGGAUGAAGUCAUGCUUUGGGGUCUAGAGACUCUCAUCACCUCUAGAGUAUGUAGCUAUUCAAGGGAUAUCUGAUAUAAUUUAGAUCAGUAGGAAAGUCUAGGUUUCAGUAAUUCUUAACAGUUAAUUGGUAAUGAUUACUAUUUCUCCAAAACAGAUUAUCCAUGGCUGAAGAACAUGAGUAAGUAUAAUAAACAAGAAAAAAUGUGAGUAGAAAAGUUACUUUCUAAUCCAAAAAGAGUCCAUUAGGUCUCUUUAGGGGACAACUUGGCUCUUUAUCUAUCAUCUAGUCUUGUGGCUGGCAAUUGUGUGUGUGUGUGUGUGUGUGUGUGUGUGUGUGUGUUUUCCUCAAAUAGCCAUUUCUCAGGCACUUGCAUUAAAAAAAGAAGAGCCAACUGUCAGAGGUCUAUAGGUUUUCAUAAAUUUUGCUUUAAUAGACCUGUUGUAACAAUGCUCACUCAAGGCUGUUGGAGUGAAUGCUGAUAAUAAAUCUGGUUAAUCUGAUAUAAAAUUUGGAAGAGUAAGUGACGAAGAGUCUGCUAAAAUGUUUUGAGAACAUUGAAAUUGUUUGCAAAUGUUUCCUAAAUUGAUAGUUCUGCAUAAUGGAUGUACUGUGGCUUAGAGGAAAAUUUUGAUAGUCUCACCAUUCAGGUUGAUAUUGACAUUAAGCAGGGAACUGCAAUAUAUUUUGGAGCCUCAAAUAAGGUAUUUGACUUCCACAGUUAUUUCAAAAGAAGCUGUAGAAAUCUGUUUUUCUAAGAGAGGAGAAAGAUUAAACUCUUAGCUAAGCUAUUUCUAUUAUGUUAUUUAGAUUCAAAUGCUUCAGAAUGCCAGGAUCGCCAUGAUGUGGGUCCUGCCUCCCAGUUUAGCUUCCUCACUUGCUCCUGGCUUCAACCCAGGGUUCCAGGUGUUCAGAACAUGUUAUUAGUCACCUCUGUUCUUUCUAUGCUUUAUGCACCUUUGUCUCCUGACAGACCUGGGCUGAUCUU